AUCUCAGUCCAUGCGAUGGCGGGCACUAGAGGCCCGAGGACUAUGAAGUUACCGGCAUGGUUGAAGGAUCGGCGGGUUACGGUACUCGUGGACAAUGGGUCGUCGCAUAAUUUCAUUAAUGCAACUCUCUCACACAAACUCAAGUUGCCCACGACCACGAUUGAGCCGUUCGAGGUUAGGGUGGCAAAUGGCGAGCGCUUGCGGUGCUCGGAGAUGUAUCAGGGCGUGCCGAUCAAGUUUCAAAGAGUGACGGUGAAGGCGGAUUUGUUUUCCUUACCUCUGGUGGGACCGGAUGUGGUGCUUGGGGUGCAGUGGCUCGAGGGACUAGGAGAUGUGACGACUAAUUACUGGAAGGGUGUGAUGAAGUUUGAGGCCGGUGAUCAACUCGUUACCUUGAAGGCUAGUGAAGGGGCAACCAAGGAGGUUGGUCUAAAAAGCAUCGAGAAG